AUGGACGUCCCCGGCUUUGCUCUAGUUACAGGUGCAGCCUCUGGCAUUGGUAGAGCAUGUGCUCGCGGUUUCGCUCAAGAAGGCUCCGCGGGUAUCGCAUUACUAGAUCUUAACGCAGACGCGCUCAAGACAGUCAAAGAGGAAAUCGAAGCCGAGUUCGGAAAAGACCGCAAGAUUGAGUUGCUCACCUACCCCAUCAACAUCGCCAACGAGGAGGAAGUCAUCAAGGUCGUCAAUGAAGCAGCAGCCAAGUUUGGCAGGCUGGACUAUGUUGUCAACGCCGCCGGCAUCGCCAUCAAGCACAAGGGCGGCGCCGCGUUCGCCAAGACGGAAGACUGGCAGCGGGUUCUCGACGUGAACAUCAAUGGAACGUUUUACGUGCUGAGGGCGGCGGCGCAGAUCAUGCUGAAGCAAGAGCCGAUUUUGUCAACAAUUGACGGCAGACCUUUGCAAAAGGGGUCCAUUGUCAACUUUGGCUCUAUCCAGGGUGUUGUGGGCAUCACACUCUCUACGGCAUACACGACGACGAAGCACGCCGUCAUCGGGUUGACGCGCACUGCAUCCGAGGAUUAUGCCAACCAGGGCUUGCGCAUCAAUGCUAUCUGCCCUGGGUACACAGAGACACCAAUGACGACCAAGAACCCUGAGGUGUUGAAGGCGAUGGAGGAGAGAGUCUCGACCGCGGUGCCGAUGCAACGAAUGGGAAGUCCAAAGGAGAUUGCCGAUGGUGUUUUGUACUUGGCUGGCGGCAGGAGUUCGUUUGUGACUGGGUCUGCGUUGAUGGUUGAUGGAGGUUAUACAUCGAGAUAG